UUGUGAUGACACUCCCCACAUUCAGCGUCGUUAAGUAACGUGACAGCCCGAUAUGGUGGAGUCUGAUUAUGUUUGUAUGUGUGAAAUAUGAUCUCUACGAUGGUCAAAUGGCUUCUGAUGCACAUCCGUGUUGGGAAAGCGUGUUCAUUCUGCGUUGACGUUCCAUAACCAGCUAUACAAAGUGACACCACUUGUCACCAGCGCCGAAGUGAAUGGCAUAUAUUUGUCAAGUGGACUUACAGUUAAAGCACUAGUAUUGACAGGUUCCGCAUGAGUUAUCUGCUCUUUGCUGGUGAAGGGGAAGGACUGAUGACAAGAUGGCGCUCUGCCGGACAGCCAGGUCAAGGACGAUGGCAGUGUGGUGUACAGGACUGUGCAUAAUGGUCGUUGGAAUUGGACUGAUACCCAUCAUUAAUGUUGUAGUGGACAAGAAGGUCAGACAGAGUGUGAUCCUAAAGGAAGGCGGUCUCCAGUAUGACAUCUGGAAGAACAUGACAAUCCCAGUGUACAUGCAGUUCUACAUGUUUAACCUGAAGAACCCAGACGAGGUACACAACGGCGAGACUCCAGACAUGGAACAGAAGGGCCCAUACACAUACAGGGAGACAAGAUACAAGGAGAACAUCACUCACCACGACAACGGCACUGUCUCCUACCGGCAGAUUCGGGUGUUCAAGUUUGAUCGCAGCAUGUCCGUCGGGGAAGAAACAGAUCAGUUCACCACAGUCAACCCACCACUCAUGACACUUCUAACUGCCCUGAGGUUCCAGUCUGAUUCAUUGAGGAAGUUGAUCAGCGGCAUUCUGAGACUGACGCCAUCGGAGGUGUUCAUGACGAGGCCAAUGAAGGAGAUUAUUUGGGGCUACCAUGACCCCCUGCUCAAGGUCGCAAAGGGGAUUGAUCCUGAAUGGUUCUAUACAGACUUUGUUGGAUAUUUCAUCAAUAAAAACAACACAGAUGAUGGUGUCUAUACAGUCCACACAGGGGAGACGGACAUCAACCUGUUGGGGGUCAUCGAUAAAUACAAUGGGUCCAGUUACCUGAAUUUCUGGUCAACAACUUGGGCCAACAUGGUGAAUGGAACAGAUGGGACAAUAGCUCCACCUUUUAUACAGGAAGUUAAGAGACUGCCUACAUUCUCCUCUGAUGUUUGCAGGUCAGUGUAUGGUCUCCACUCGUCUGAUGUGAAGACCUCCCAAGGAAUCCCCCUCCAUCGCUUCACAGGGAACCAGGCGGAACUGGGCAACAUAACCCUGAACCCAGACAACAUCGGUUUCUGUACGCCACAGACCAACUGCUUCGGGACAGGGGUCUUGAAUGUCAGCGCUUGUCAAAGUUUGGACUAUUUCCAGAUUCCGGCGGUUGUCUCCUUUCCACACUUCUACCUGGCGGAGGACAAGUAUGUCCACGGGGUGUACGGCAUGUCACCCAAUAAGGAGGAACACGAGACUGCCAUUGACAUAGAACCACUGACUGGCCUGGUGCUGCAAGCUGCAAAGAGACUUCAGAUCAACAUGCAUGUUGUCCCCAUCUCAGAUGUACAGCAGACAGCAAACAUCAAGCCAGUAGUGAUGCCAAUAUUUUGGGUGAAUGAGAGUGCAGCUGUUGAUGAUGUCCACGCUAAGCAGCUGCAGGAUCUGCUGUUCACGCCGCUACUGGUCACAGAUGUACUCAAGUAUGGUCUUAUUGGUAUUGGGGCAGCCAUGUUUCUCUGUUCUGCAAUCUACGCAAUAUGCUUCUUGAAGUCCCCUAAGAGUUCAACAAACAGCAACGAAAGAUCUGGAGCCGGCCUCGACAUUGACAAUCCAGACGAGACCACGCCUCUAUUGUACGAUGAAGCUUACACUGGCUACAACGGCCACACAAACAGGUUACAAGAGGGCAGCGCUUCCCCUAACAUCAACCAGCCAGAGAGGGACACUGCAAGGGCUGACACUCCCACUGACACUGAUAACAUGCAAAGGGACACUGCAAGAUGCAAUGCUUCCCCUAAGACUGAUAAUAUACAAGAGGACACUUCAGGGACCAAGACUCCACCUAGCAGCGAUAAUAUGCAAGAGGACACUCGAGUGUCUAACAUUCCGUCUAACACUGACAAUAUGCUAAAUUACACUGCUGGACCCAAGGCUCCACCUAGCAGCGAUAAUAUGCAAGAGGACACUGGAGUGUCUAACAUUCCGUCUAACACUGACAAUAUGCUAAAUGACACUGCUGGACCCAAGGCUCCACCUAGCAGCGAUAAUAUGCAAGAGGACACUGCAGGAAUGAACACUACCUCUAACAAUGAUAAUAUGCAAAUUGACUCUGCAAUGUCUAACAUUCCGUCUAAUACCGAUGAUAUGCCAAACCACACCGCUGGACCCAAGAUUCCUCCUAGCAGUGAUAAUAUGCAAGAGGACACUGCAGGAAUCAACACUACCUCUAACAAUGAUAAUAUGCAAAUUGACUCUGCAAUGGCUAACAUUCCGUCUAACACUGACGAUAUGCAAAACUACACCGCUGGACCCAAGAUUCCUCCUAGCAGUGAAAAUAUGCAAGAGGACACUGCAGAAAUCAACACUACCUCAAACAAUGAUAAUAUGCAAAUUGACACUGCAAUGGCGAACAUUCCUUCUAACACCGACAAUAUGCCAAAGCACCCAGCUGGAACCAAACCACCCCUGAACACUGACAGACAAACUGGUGACACUACAGGGACAGACACGUGAUUGUUACACCGUGAGCAAUAUCCCUGGCUGAUAAUGAUGGGCCAAACACAGUGUUAAUCUAUACAGUAACUGCUCUCCGCAACGGAAUCGACGUUGAAGCUGGUAAUGUCUGAAGACAGUCUUGUAGGACAGCAGGAACUCUUACAUGGAUGUCUAUCACUAUUCAUGAUCACUUGCCUGCUCAUCAUGGAGCAAGAGGACCUGCUCAUUCAGAACACCACUCAACAGUUAAAUUGCUCCAAGGGGGAUAACUCUGGGACUUUGCUAUAACCUCCCAAACACAGUCAUAGGUUCCAGCUUUGAACGUACAGGAAUUCCUGGGACCAGAGACCAUAUAAUAGAUGGUCUCUGCUGGGAUCAAGUUUACCUUCAACCGUGAAAAAUCUUCAUUGAUAUUGUUUGAAUUCAGGUAAAUAAGUCCAAAACGUCUGUGAUGCUGCUGUUUUGAAUGUUAUUGUAUUUACAACAAAUACCUGGUCUCUGUGUGAUAUUAUUAUGAUGAUGACGACCAGGUGACCGAAGAACAGUGCUUCAGAAAGUUUAAUAGUUUUGUAAGAGUUUAUAUAAUGUAAACCUGUUUAUCUGGGUGGAAAGGUAUCAAUGGAUAAGGUAUAAGAAUAAUUUUCAAAUCACGAGAGUCAUCAAAUGUUCUCAUAUGAAUAAAAAUGAAACUUAGUCCAUUUUAUGUUUGAGAUUUAUAUUAACACAAAAUGAAUAGGCAGGUCAUGCUAUGCCUAGUGCUUAGGUUACAGAUUAAGACGAGGACUGGCAUUGUCGGUUGCAGAGAAUAGUUGGAUGAGAGUUUCUAGGAUUUUGGUCCGCCCUUUCUGUAGGAUAAUGACUGUAUUAAUGUGUCUCUGUUCACUCAUCAGUGGAUGGGUACCAGGUAGGAUGAGAUGAUGUGGCUGUUAAUCUUCCAUCCUCAGCGGCAGCAUGGGUUGUAUAUUUACAUCUGAAGGAGACAUUGAAUAAUAAUCCGGUACACACUGAUCCUUUGACCGAGAUGCUGUUGUUAGUGGUUUCAUUUACCUUUAUCCUACCUCGUCCUAUUCAUUCAUUAGUGUCCAUUGAAUAUAUCAGGUACAUUUGAAAUAAUAAGUAGUGCAAGGAUGAAUUUUACAGCCUAAUUAGUGAGGAUUAAUGAGACCAUAUCAAACUAUAAGCAUACUGAACACUGACUUCUGUACUGUACAUAACCUCUCAAUAAGGGUUGUACAGUCAGGGAUAGAAAUACUUUUUUUUCUAAGUGUGCCUUAGGGCACCAGACAAAUAUUUUGGGUGUGCCUUUCAGAAAUCGAGUA